AUGACACCCAUGGAGAACAAAACAGAAGUGACUGAAUUCAUCCUCCUAGGACUUACUGAUGCCCCAGGACUACAGGUCCCACUCUUCAUGAUGUUUACCCUCAUUUACAUUAUCACUGUAGUUGGAAAUCUGGGGAUGAUCACGUUGAUUCUGUUGGACCCUCACCUUCACACUCCUAUGUACUUUUUCCUGAGUAAUCUCUCUCUGGUGGACUUUGGUUGCUCCUCAGCAGUCACACCCAAUGUGAUAGCAGGAUUCCUCACAGGAAAUAAGGUCAUUUCUUACAAUGCAUGUGCUGCUCAGAUGUUCUUUUUUAUAGUCUUUGGCACCGGGGAAAGUUACCUCUUGGCUUCAAUGGCUUAUGACCGCUACGCAGCAGUGUGCAAGCCCCUGCGUUAUGCCACCACCAUGACAAAAAACAGGUCCAAUGUGGUCAACCACUUUUUCUGUGAUGUUCCAGCAGUCACGAUUCUUUCUUGCUCUGAUAAGCACAUCAGGAUGGACCUGGAGAUUAUCAUAUCAGAUAAAAAUCCAGGCCAGAGGAGAUAGUGGAGCCACAAACCAGAAAGAACUUGGAUUACCGUUCUACUGAGUUUCCAUAGAACAACAAACCGAACAACAUAUGAGCAAGAAAAAUCUCUGUGGUUAAGCCACUGCAAUUUUGGACUUUGCUUGUAUAACAGCAAAUAUUAUAGUAUUAUUUAUACCAACUAGCAUGAAGAGACUCCCAGAAGACAACCUGGAUGCUGCUUGCAAGAAGUGGAAGGACGUUGUGACAAGAAGCCCCAC